AUGAACAGAAGCUCGAGUCUAUUACAGGUGUGGCAAAAGCCAUCGUCGUCUAUACUGUUUAAUUUCUGUGCCCAAAAAGAUUAUGUACCCAACUUUCUGCUUGUGCAAGCAAAUGCAGACCAUGCAGGGAGGCUAUAUUACAACUAUAGUAACCAAACCAACAAGAGAAGUAAAGGAAAAAGCAAUAGCUCCAAUCGAAGCUAUCGGUGCAUUUUAGAAACUUCCAAUGGUGAUGCCAUCAUUCGAUAUCUUAUAUUCUUCGCUGAGGAAGGCAAAGAGGAUCCCACCUACAAAAGUUUAAAUGUUUCAUAG